AUGGAAUUUUUUUUUUUUCUUUCUUUCUUUUUUUUUUUUUUCUUUCUCUUCUUUUUCUUCUUUCUCUCUCUCUCUUUUUUCUCUUCUCUUCUCUUCUUUUUCUUCUUCUCUUCUCUUUCUUUCUCUUCUUUCUUUCUUUUUUCUUCUCUUCUCUUCUUUUUUUUUCUUCUCUCUUUCUUUUUUUUUCUCUCUCUUUUUCUUUCUUUUUUCUUCUUUUUUCUUUUUUUCUUCUUCUUUCUUUUUUCUUUUUCUUUUCUCUCUCUUCUUUCUUCUCUCUUUUUCUUCUCUUCUUUCUUUUCUUUCUUUCUUCUUUUUUUCUUUUUUCUUCUCUUCUUUUUCUUCUCUUCUUUCUUUCUUUUCUUUCUCUCUUCUUUUUUUUCUUCUCUUUUUCUUUUUCUUUUCUUUCUUUCUCUUUUUUCUUCUCUUCUUUCUUUUCUUCUUUUCUUUUCUUUUUUUUCUUUUCUCUCUUUCUUUUUCUUUUCUUUUCUCUUUUCUCUUUUCUUCUUUCUUUCUCUUCUUCUUUCUUUUUCUUCUCUUUCUCUCUUUUUCUUCUCUUUUUCUUUUCUUUUUUCUCUUCUCUUCUUUUUUUCUUUUCUCUUUUCUUUUUUUUUUUCUUUUCUUCUUUUUUCUUUCUUUUUUUCUUUCUCUCUUUCUCUUUUUUUUCUCUUUUUUAUUUUUCUUUUCUUUUUUUUUUUUUUUCUUCCUUUUCUUUCUCUUUCUUUCUUUCUUUUUUUCUUUUUUCUUUUCUCUCUUUUUUUUUCUUUUUCAUUUUUCUUUUUUUCUUUUUCUUUUCUUCUUUUCUUUUUUCUUUCUUCUCUUCUUUCUUUCUUUUUUCUUUUUUUUUCUUUCUUUCUCUUCUCUUCUUUCUUUUUUUCUCUUUUUCUUUCUUUCUUUUUUUUUCUUUUCUUUUCUCUUCUCUUUUUUUUUUUCUCUUCUUUUUCUUUUUUCUUUUUUUUUUUUUCUCUUUCUUUUUUUCUUUUUUCUUUUUUUUCUUUCUUUCUUUUCUCUCUUUUUUUUCUUUUCUUUUUUUCUUUUUUUCUUUUUUCUUUCUUUCUUUCUUUUCUUUUAAAAUUUUUUUCUCCUUUUCUUUUCUUUCUUUUUUUUUUUCUUUUUCUUCUUUCUUUUCUCUUCUUCUCUUUUCUUUUCUUUUUUUCUUUUUUUUUCUUUUUUCUUUCUCUUUUUCUUCUUUUUUUUUUUUCUUCUUUUUUUCUCUCUUUCUUUUCUCUUCUUUUUUUUUUUCUUUUAAUUUUCUUAUUUUUUUCUCUUUUUUUCUUUUCUUUUUUUUUUUUUUUUUUUUUUUUUUUUUCUUUUUCUUUUUUUCUUUCUCUUCUCUUUUUUUUUUUCUUUCUUUCUCUUCUUUUCUUCUUUUCUCUCUUUUCUUUUUCUCUUUUCUUCUCUUUUUUCUUUCUUUCUCUUCUCUUCUUUCUUUUUUCUUUUCUUUUCUUUUUUUUUCUUUCUCUUUCUUCUUUUUUUCUUUCUUUUUUUUUUUUUUCUUUUUUUUCUUCUUUUCUUUUUUUUCUCUUCUCUUUUCAAAUUUUCUUUUUCUUUUCUUUUUUUUUCUUUCUUUCUUUCUCAAAAUUUCUCUUUCUUUUCUUUUUUUCUCUUCUCUUCUUUUCUUUUUUCUCUUCUUUUUUCUUCUCUAUUUUUCUUUCUCUUCUCUUCUUUUCUCUCUUUCAUUUCUUUCUCUUAAUUUCUUUUAAAACUCUCUUUUUUUCAGUUUUCUUUGCAUUUUUCUAUUGGCAUCUUUUUCUUUUAGAAAAUGUGUAA